UUCAAUAUAACCAAAAACUUGAACUUAGGAAGAUAUACACAUAACACAUUGUGUAUUAUAUAGUUCAAACUAAGGUUAUUUUUGAAGAAUUAAUAUAAUUCUCAUAAUUAAUCAUGGGUUUUAAUGUAACUAAUUCCAUAAAAAUAUCAUCAGAUGGAAUAUGGCAAGGAGAAAAUACUUUACACUAUGCUUUUCCAUUAUUAAUUAUUCAAACAACAUUAGUUGUGUUCCUUAGUCGAUUACUUGCUUUCCUUCUCAAGCCCCUCCACCAACCUAAAGUCGUCGCGGAGAUCCUCGCAGGGAUUAUGCUUGGGCCAUCAGCAUUUGGGAGGAACAAAACAUUCACAAAUUGGAUAUUUCCAUCAUGGAGUACUCCAAUUCUUGAAUGUGUAUCAAACAUUGGGUUAUUAUUUUUCUUAUUUCUUGUUGGCCUUGAAUUGGACUUAAACACCAUACAUAAAAGUGGAAAAAAAGCAAUUGGAAUAGCAUUUGCUGGAAUUUCAUUGCCUUUUUUCUUUAGCAUUGGGGUUGCUUUUGUUCUAAGAAAAAUAAUCAAAGGGAUUGAUAGUGUUGGAUAUGGAGAAUUUUUCUUGUUCAUUGGUGUUUCACUUUCAAUCACUGCCUUUCCUGUUCUUGCUCGAAUCCUCGCGGAAUUAAGGUUACUGACUACACAAAUCGGUGAAAUGGCUAUGGCAGCAGCUGCAUUCAAUGAUGUUGCUGCAUGGAUUUUACUUGCUCUUGCUGUUGCUCUAGCUAGAGGAGGAGGAGGAGGAGGAGUUCAUCAUAGUCCUUUAAUUUCACUAUGGGUUUUUCUAAGUGGAAUUGGAUUUGUGAUUUUUAUGUUCCUAAUUAUUAGGCCAAUUAUGAUUUUGGUGGCAAAAAAAUCAUCAAAUGGUAACAACAAUAUUGUUGAAGAAACUUACCUAUGUUUAACCCUAGUUGGAGUUAUGUUAUUUGGUUUUAUGACUGAUUUUAUUGGUAUACAUGCAAUAUUUGGAGGUUUUAUAUUUGGAUUAGUCAUUCCAAAAAAUGGGGAUUUUUCAGAAAAAUUGAUUUUGAGGAUUGAAGAUUUUGUGUCUGGAUUAUUAUUACCACUUUAUUUUGCAUCAAGUGGUAUUAAAACAAAUAUUUCACAAAUUCAUAGUUUUAGGGCUUGGGGACUUGUGGUUCUUGUUGUGUCCACAGCUUGUGUAGGCAAAGUUUUUGGGACUUUUAUUGUGGGAAUAAUGUUGUGUUCAAUGCCAAUGAGGGAAGCUUUAGCACUUGGAGUUUUGAUGAAUACAAAAGGGUUGGUGGAGCUAAUUGUUCUAAAUAUUGGCAAGGAAAAAAAGGUUUUGGACGAUGAGACGUUUGCAAUAUUGGUAAUCAUGGCACUUUUUACAACCUUCAUUACAACUCCUAUAGUAAUGGCUAUUCAUAAACCAUCAUCAACACAACAUCCUCAAAUCGAAAAACCACAAAAAAAGACAAAAAAACAAAACAAUCUUCGAAUCCUAGCGUGCUUACGUGGCCCGAGGGAUGCACGUGCACUCAUUAACCUCAUCGAGUCACUAAGGUCUUACAAAAAUAACAAUAACUACGCCUCAAUCACAAAACUCUAUGUGAUGAGACUUGUGGAAUUCACCGACCGACUUUCAUCUAUAUCGAUGGUCCAACGUGCCCGAAAGAACGGCUUUCCGUUCAUCGGCCGAGUGCUUUUCCGAGAUGACGCGACCGAUCAAGUGGGUGCGGCGUUCGAGGCGUAUAGCACGCUAGGAAAGGUCAUGGUCCGACCCACAAUGGCUAUCUCGGGUUUAUCGGAUUUGCAUGAGGAUAUUAUUCAUAUUGCGGAGAAAAAACGAGUCGAAUUGAUUAUUUUGCCGUUUGAUAAAUAUUGGCAAAUGGAAGGGAACGAAGAAGUGGAGAUUCAUGCAGGGCACGGAUGGAGGAUGGCGAACGAGAGAGUGAUGAGUCAAGCGCGGUGCUCGGUGGCGGUGGUGGUUGAUCGUGGAUUACAAUUGGUUAAUAAUGGGAUGAGAAUUUGCAUUGUGUUUUUUGGUGGAGCUGAUUGUAGUAAAGCUUUGGAAAUUUGUAGUAGAAUGGUUGAACAUCCUGCUAUUAGGGUUACAUUAGUAAGAUUCAUUCAUCAUGGAAGUACUAAUUUUGAUGAAGUUGAAAGGACUUUGGAUGAUUCUACUAUUGCAGAAUUCAAGAUGAAGUGGGGUAAACAAAUUUUGUAUGUUGAGAAAGAAGCAAAUAAUUUGGUGAAUGAAGUGUUGGAAAUUGGAAAAAGUGGAGAGUUUGAACUUAUGAUAAUAGGGAAUAAUAAAAAUAAGUUUCCACAAGGCAUAAUGGCAAAAUUAUUUGAUGAGCAACAAUUGAAUAAUUCAGAAUUAGGGCAAUUGGCUAAUUUAUUGGCUUCAUCAGACAAAGGGAUAAAAAGUUCUGUUCUAGUCAUUCAACAUCAACAACAAGCUAAGUUUGGGAACUCAAAAGUGGCUAGUAACUUCAUUGAUAAGGAUAUUGUGUGAAUCAUUUGAAAUAAUAAUAAGGUAUUAUCGAAUUAGUGUAAGUUGUUUUCGUACUCGAGAAUCUGUCGAAAAUAACUUCUCUAUCUCACGAAGAAAAGGGAUAAGGCGUGUGUACAUGCAGACUCUGUUUGAUAUGAUGUUAUUGUGUUGGUGUUAGUUCUAGCAGUUGAACUUGAAGAAUAGUAGUAGUUAAUUUUAUAUAUCAACGUGUCUCAUCUGUAUGUUUAGAAUGAAUAAAUAAGUCUUAAUUUCUCUGUGAUUAUCUCAUCUAAAAAUUACAUUAUGAUUCCGAGAAAACCUCUAACUCUACGAAAAAUAUGUAAUAUGUGCAUAAAAUCAAAUCGCAUAAUUAUGCAGAAUUUGGUUGGCAAUAUUAGAUAGUAACGACAAGUUAACUUCAGUUAUAGCAUGAAGUAGCAUAAGGUUAGUUGAAUCAUCACACAGAAUGACAUAGAUGGCUACAAAAGCCUAAGCACAUCAAACCCUGUAAACACACAAUUCAUGAGCCAGAUGAAGAUGUUAACCUGCCAAAACCAUUUAUCCAACAUCUUUUAAAUUUCCAUAUGCAAACACACAGAAAUCAGACAUAAUAAUCAAGAAUCUCCAAUAUAUAGAACAAACAGAAACAAAAAUGGUCUUUACAAAUCCAAAAUGUAACCUAAA